CAUUGGCUUCUUAUACAGCAGCUUCAGUUGUCAUUCAAGUUUUUAACUCUCAUCUGGAAGCUUGAAGCAGAUUGCAUCCCAACUCACUGAUCUGGAUGGCUAUUCAUCGCCGGAGAAUUCAACAAGGCUCUGUUGUUCCGGUCACCGCUCCAAGCUUCAUUGCGAUAGUCUCAGCUCAAGCACUUGAAGAUGGAAAACUUGAAAUUCCAAGAGCUGUUGUGAGGCAAUCUGGAGAUCUUCUGGCAGAGAUGAUACUUCUCAAGGUUCCUAAAGGAGCCAACUGGGUAAUAGAGUUGACAAAGAGUAAUGGCAAGAUUUGGCUGCAAAAGGGUUGGCCCGAAUUCGCAAGACAUUACUCGUUGGAGCAUGGUAGCUUACUCCUCUUCAGCUUCCAAGGGGACUACUCGUGUUUGAGGGUACAGAUCUUCAAGAGGAACACUAUGGAGAUAAACUAUCCACCUUUGGAGAUGAAUUAUCCACCAAAUUCAAGUAUCACCGUGGAGAUGAAUCAUGCAUCAAGCCAUGAUGAUGGUCCUGAUCCUUUUUCUGACAAUGAUGGUCCUGAUGCUGAUGAUGAGAAUGGCGACAACGAUGAUGCUGAUGAUGGUGGUGCUCAUGAUGGGAUCUAGUGAAGGUGUUGUGCUUGUGGCCUAAAUGUUAUGUUUAUGUGUUAUUUUUAGUUUUUUACUACUAUUGAACUUAUGUUGGAUUCGAUGUUUUCUAGAUUAGUAUAUCUACUGGUUCUAGUGUUUGAAUUAAUUUGAAGUUAAAUUCUUAAUGUUGUUGAAAUGGUUUCUUUUGGAUGAUCAUAAAUGGAACUUUUACUUGUGUUAGAAUAUAUGUACUAUUUCCUGCAUUUACAGGAAUUCACUUCUUUGUAAUUAAAAUGUAGAGUCUGAUUGCUGUGAACAGAGUAAAGUAGAGAUUCUGCA